AUGGAAGGCAUUUUGCAAGAACAGAAUGAGCGUAUCCGAAAACUGGAAGAAGUUGUGACCAGUCAAAAUAUAGAAAUAGAUGAACUUAAAAGUGAACUGGCUAUCGCUAAAAAGGAAAAUAUAGACAGAGAGCAGCAGAUUUUUGGUUUAAAGAAAAUCGUAUUAAAAGGUGUUAUUGAACAGUCGACCGGAAAGUUAGAUGAUGAAAUCCAUAAGAAACAAGCGCAUCUUGGCAAAGAUAAGCGACUUCUUGAGGGUAUCCAACCUUCUCCGAUCCCUGUUCAUGCCACAGCGUUCUACGCAUACAUGAAUCAGACAUUAACAACGCAGGACCAAAACCGUAUUCUAAUAUUUGAUACAGUAAAAACAAACAUUAAUGACGGCUACAGUCCAAACACAGGAAUUUUCAGAGUCCAUUUUGAUGGUGUGUAUGGUUUUACGUUUAGUGUAAGGGAAGACGGCAGUAGCUAUGGUUCAUACGAAAUAAUCAAAAACACCGAAGCUGUAGGUUCUGUGAUAGGUCUUGUAGAGGGUACCAGUAUUCAGCAACAAGUGAUUGGGACAGUCGUAAUAUCGGCAAGUCAGGGUGACGACAUUUUCGUUAGAACACACUCAAGUCUGCAACACCAUGGUGCGAUACUGAGCAACACUCAUGGAAGAUCUAUGUUUGCUGGAUGGUUUAUAUCAAAUUAA